AUGCCAGAGAAGAUCGUCGUCUGCCUCGACUGGACGCCCAACACGAACCACUCUGGCUUCUUCGUCGCCGCCGCGGACGGCCUCUACGAGCGUGCCGGCCUCGACGUCGAGCUGCGCAGCGCCGAUGCAAACCACCAGCUCACGCCGGCGAGGCAGGUCGCGGCUGGCCAGGCUGACUUCGCGGUGGCGCCGUCGGAGAGUGCAAUCUCCUUCUCGACGACCGAUCGCGACGUACCGAGGCUCGUCGCCGUCGCCGCCCUGGUGCAGGGAGAUACGUCCGCCAUCGCCACGCUCGAGAGCUCCGGCAUCGACCGGCCGGCCAAGCUCGCGGGCAAGCGCUACGCCUCGUACGACGGCCGCUUCGAGGACCCGAUCGUGUCGCAGAUGGUUUCAAACGACGGCGGCGACGGCUCGGCGGUCCAGUUCCACUCGCUCGACUCGCACGCGUACGCCGAUGCCGACACCAUGGGCGCCGGGUCGGUGGUGGCGUCGUACCUCGAGAAGGGGCGGAGCGACGCGACGUGGAUCUUCCAGGCGUGGGAGGGCGUGCUGGCGGCGCGGGCGGGCCAGCGGCUGAACCUCUUCGAGCUCAGCGACUUUGACAUCCCGUACGGCUACUCGCCCGUCCUGCUGGCGCACCCGAGCAUGGCCACCGGGGAGCGGUGCGAGGAGACGCGCGCCUUCCUCGCGGCGACGGCGGCCGGUUACGCAAAGGCGGCCUCCGACCCAAAGGCGGCCGCCGCCGCGCUGUGCGCCUGCGGCCACCCCUCGCUCGCGGAUCGCGCCUUUGUCGAGGCCUCCGCCGCCGCUCUCGCUGCAAAGUACCUCGCGGCGGAUGGCCGCUGGGGCAGGAUGGAGGAGGGGCGGUGGUCCGCCUUUGUCGACUUUCUGUCGCGGUCGGGCAUCCUCGUCGACCGGCAAAAGGCGCCGAUCGCGCGUGAGGCCGUCGAUGUGGCGUCGCUCUUCACGAAUGAGUUAUUGCCGCGCUGA